AUGUCGGAACCACCAACUUUCAAAGCUACGGCGGCAACAGCAACAGCUUCAGCAAACGCUCCCCAACAGAAUAUGUUUGCCUCUCCUACUUCCAUGGACAGCGGAUUACCACCCUCACCGCCCAGCGUAAAGGAUGCCACAGUAGCAAAGACGUCGAUAAGCUCGACCCUAGCAGCAGGACCUCCUCCCGCCGCUCCUUCCGCUAUCACAUCUCCCAUCAGCCUUCCGACACCGCUUCAUACUCAGUCCAUCGCACCUUCUCUGUCGGCCGCCUCCAACGCUGCCGUCUCUCGCGGAAGCAGCAUUCGCUCCAAUGCCCCACCUUCUUCGUCCGCUUCCACCACCCGCAUCCGCAAAGGUCUUCUCUCUAGAGCUGGAAGCGAGGCUGAGGAUCGAAUCUCUCGCGCAGUCUCUGCUUCCCAACAUCCACUCACCACCGAUGACGAUGACGAUGAGCUCAUGGUCAGCGAUUCUGGGCCCAUGCCCAGACGCUUUGCCUCUCAAAAUCGCGGCCCAAUAGCAGCGUCGAGCACCUCUCGACAAUCCUCCCACUCAUCCUUCUCUCCGACCACAUGGGGCCAACGAUCAGCCGUUUUAGGUCAACAGCCGCAUUCUUCUUGCACAAGUAUCGUCUCAGGCAAUCGCAGUGGAAGUGGCGAUGCUAGCGAAGGCAGCGCCGGCGUCGGCGGUGUCAGUCUUGGCCGUGCCAUGUCUGUCUCAUCUGUCAGCUCUGUCAAUAGUACCAGCAGUCUGGAAGCCGUCCCUUUCCGCGAAGCCCCUCUCGGCAAUGUCAGACUCGGCUUCGGUGGCGCUGGACCUCGUGCUGCGGGUCGCUACGCCCGCGCCAGUCCAUACGGUCCGCUUUCCACGUCAAUGCAGCCCUCGACUCAGCUUCCACGCUCCGCACAGGAUCAGGCAUCUAUAGAUGGCGUCUCAGCAGAUCUGCUCGACCCUGCUCCUCUUGUACCAGGCGCACAAGAUCCCACAACCUCUGCCGCUCUCAGCACUUCGGCAACAACUUCCGACAGACACAAAGGCGUGCCCAAGCUAGCUUCCGACGCUUGGAUGUACCGUGUUGGACCCGGCAUGCGGACAAACAAGUCUCGUAUACCCUCAGCAGCGCCCUCACCAGAAUCAGCCGAGCUGCCACUCGAUGAUGCCACCUCAUCCUCAUCUUCACCCGCCAAGCGUUCGCGCGAUGUGUUGCGUCAAAAGUUUGCCAAGGGUGCCGGUCGACUUGGCGUUAAAGCUAGCAUCGUCACCGGUCUCGGUCCCACCCCCUCGGAUCAGUUUGCAGUAUAUAAUCCUCUCGACAGCUCCGAAGAUGAGGUCAACCUCGUUCCGCCAAUGCGAACACCUCUCGCCCGAAACUCGAGCUACCUCUCUUCCGCUCCUCACAGCGCCAACUGUUUGGCAGCUACUCCUUUGCAUACCAGCCUCACUCCUGUACCGGCCGACUUUCGCACCAGCUCCGUCACCAACGCACCUUUGUUUGUGCCGAAAUUUGCCGAAGAUUCACUGCCUGCAAGGCUUACGCCAGAGCCAUUCUUGAUGCCCAGCUCCGCCUCUGUUCCGCACAACGGUCGUCUUGCGCCUACCGCAGCAUCGAGCCAAGCACCUUCUCUGCCUCCACCGAGCUACGCCGCUGGAUCAAGCCUCGUUGCUCCCGACCUAUCUCCCUUCUUCACCGCCAGUGAUGCAGCCAGAGCGAGCGGAAUGGGCCAUCCCCGACGCAGAUCAUCGGCCACACAGCGACCCCCACUCACGAACGCCCACAGCAGCAAUAAUUCCCUCGACCGCACCGCUUCACCAGGUCUGAUGGUAGAGGAUCCAAGCGUGGCCAGCGCACCAGCCGCUCAGCCCUCACUCUACACGAUGCCUUCACCUGUACUGUUAGCCCAACGUCCUCCACAGGUCGAAGCCGCUGUCACCUCUCCACCUGCGCCGCAUCUCACACCUGCCGAAGUGGUCCGAAUGGAAGCUCAAGCUGGCAUUGCUUGCCUACCAGACUCACCUAGCGAGCCCUCGCCCAUCCCUGCCAGCUACUUGCCCGCCCUUGGCGAAGAGACGGUCUCGGUCGCGCCAAGGCGACUGCGGGACUCAUCGCAACCUCGGAUCAGGCGUCCAAGCAGUGGCGCUGGUAGCGAGGCUUCGCUUUCGAUGGCCGCAGCCGCUGGUCCUUCGCGUCAACCAGAAUCGCUUCAAUGUCAACGAAUGUGGUCCAACGCUAAACGACCUGCGAUUCUGCGAGCCUGUACGAGCGAAAACUCCAUCAGUCGAGGUCGGCGCAGCCAAAGCCUUGACCGCAAGGGAUCCUCUCCCGCUCCUCAGAGUCCUAUCGAGGAACCGAUGCUGGAAGGGGCAUGCGACAGGCCGGGCAUGCAUUCCAAGCAUAGCUCCGGCAGCACGGUCCCUGGCAACGAUUUCGACACGCGUGUUGCGCCACAAGUCUCGGUGAUUCCCGAGGAUGACGACGGCGGUAGCAGCACUAUCGCAACGCCGCAGCUUCGUGCCGUUCAUGCUGCUGAUGUUGGAUCUAUCACCUCUUCGAGAUCUCCCUCGAGUAUUGAGGUGGAUCAGAGCAUGACCCUGUCGCCUGCAAACGGAAGCGCAUUGCCAUUUAUGGCUCGAUCGAGCCAAGGACCACGCUCUGCCUCGCCUGCUUCACAACUAGGCCGAUCUCCGGAGACCAUACGUAUUGGCCCGGCCCGAGUCACGGACUCGAUCUACGGUCGAAGCCCGGCCUCGAUCUCCAACUUACGAAGCCCGCGUCUGGCACCUUCGUCCGCCUCGAUCGGCUCGGAACAUCCCAAGUCUCCUUCGCCUCGAACUUGGUCGGCCAGAGGCCCCAACGACUUUCACUUUGGCGAGACGUUGGGUGAGGGUUCCUACUCGACCGUACUUGAGGCAUGGGAUCUUUUGUCAGGACCAACGCCCAAGGAGCCAGGUGUCGUCGAUCCGACUGCUACGUCGGCGGCAGCGGCCAUGGUCGGAUCCGACUCUUCACGCAGACGACGUCGCAAAGUUGACUUGAGAGAUCGUAAGGCUUACGCAAUCAAGGUGCUCGAUAAAGUACACAUUCUCAAACAAGGCAAGCAGAAGUAUGUUUCGAUCGAAAAAGAAGCGCUCAGUCGGAUGAUUCGACAUCCUGGAGUCGUCACGCUCUUCUGGACUUUCCAGGAUCGCGAGAGUCUCUACUUUGUCCUCGAGCUGGCCAACAACGGCGAGCUGCUCAACUUUAUCCGCAAGCACGGCAGCUUCGACCUGACAUCGGCGCGUUACUAUGCAGCUCAACUAGCUGAUACGAUUGAUGCUAUGCAUCGCGCUGGAGUGGCACACCGUGACGUCAAGCCAGAGAACAUCCUCCUUGAUGCUCGGAACCGCAUGAAGAUCACCGACUUUGGAAGCGCCAAGAUUGUGCACGCGCCCGGCGAGGCUGACUCACAGAAUGCAUCAGCGAGUGCACCACAUCCCACUACACCUUUGCCGAAUCAGUCGAGAGCUGCCAGCUUUGUCGGAACGGCCGAGUACGUCUCGCCCGAACUGCUGGUAGAGAAGGCUCAGCCUGCUGGCAAGCCAGCAGAUUGGUGGGCAUUCGGCUGCGUGCUCUUCCAGAUGAUUGCAGGACGACCUCCAUUUAAAGGAGUCAACGAGUAUCAGACGCUGCAGAGGGUCAAGAAUCGCGACUUCACCUUUCCUGAAGGCUUUCCUGAGGAUGCACAGGAUCUCAUCGACCGAGUUCUGACUCUCGAUCCAGCAAAAAGGCCGUCUGCUGCCGAAAUCAAGGCUGAUCGCUUCUUUUCUGACAUCGACUUUGGCACGUUGUGGGAAGUAGAUGCGCCAGAGAUCAAGACGGGACUUGUGCAGCCUUUGCCGACGCCUCCCCAGCAGCGCGAGUUGGCUGAGACGAGCGAUUUCAGCUUUGACCAAGGUUUCGGCAGUUCCCAGGAGUCACAGGCAUACAACGGCGACACGCAGAGCAUCGACUAUCAGUCUCGAGGAGGAGCAGAUGAGAGUUUUUUGAGCCUCAAGGCAGCUUGUUCAGGUCAGCCGGAUGAUGCAGAUGAUUCGGAGCUGUCUGACGCAAGCUCUGACCGUCAUCGAGAAGGACGAGAGAGUGCCUCAAGCUUGCCUAGGCGCCAGAGCGGCUUGCAGCGUUUAAGCGACGGCUUCCAGAACCGAUUUAUGUCCAACAACGCUGGUGGUUCGUUGUCUGGGAACGGUGGUAGCCCUGCUUUGGCUGAGCAGAAUGGAGGUAGUGGAGCGCCAAGACGCAUGUUCUCGACCAGGUCGAUUGAUGGUGCUCAUCCAGCCUCAAGCCAAGUCACGUCGGAGAAGGGCUCAGAAGGUGUAGGUCAGGCAGCGUCGAGACCGUUGCGUCCCUUCUCUCGAUCGAUGCAGACCAUGGGCGGCAAUGUGAGUCCGAGUCACAGCCCGGGGCGCGAUGCUGUGGUGAGGAAUCAGGCAUCGACAAGCGGACUAGGAUCAACUAGGAACGGCGUACAGCAGAGCUGGGCAGCGCUAUUGCUGCCAAAGGAACUGAUGCUGCAUAGCCUUCCGGUAGCACAAAAGAAGACGGGAACAGGCAAGAUGUUCACAAAGCGUCGACAGCUGGUGCUGACCGACUUUCCCAGGCUCUUGUGUGUCAAGGAGACCGCCGCGGCUCUCAAGGUCAAGAGUGAGGUGAUUCUCGCCAUUCCUCCGAACAAAACGGGUGAGGCGAAUGCGACAGCAGCGCUCUACGCAAGCAACGCGAGCGGGAAUGGAGAGACGGGGCUCAAGGCGGGCGACUUUGAGAAGAUCUCAGGAAGGCAGGCGCCCUCGGCGGCGUCGGACGACGAAGCGGAGCAGCAGGACAACUCGACCUCUGCUGGCAACUUGCGAUCGGUUGCCUCGCAGCAACAAGGAAUCCCCAAUCUGUUGACAGGGCUCGAGUAUAGGGGAGGCAAAGCGUUCACAAUCCGGACUGCUAAUGGAAGAAGCUUCCUGUACGAGACGAUUUCAGGUGAUGCAUCUGGGUUAGUCAAGUGUAUCCAGGAAGCCAGAAGGUCUGCAUCAACCUACCUACAGUAG